AUGGCAAGCUUGAGAGUUUCUUGUGUGGUUGCAUUGAUGUGCAUGGUGGUUAUUACUGCACCCAUGUCAGAGGCUGCAAUCUCGUGCGGAGUGGUAGCUGGGGCCCUUGCUCCGUGCAUUGCUUAUCUUAGGGGUGGUCGUGGUCCAUCACCACAAUGCUGUGGUGGAGUGAGGAGACUUAACGCGGCGGCCCGAACUUCCCCCGACCGUAAGGCUGCUUGCAACUGCUUGAAAGGUGCUGCUCGUUCUAUUCGUGGUUUGAAUCCCAACGCCGCAGCUACUCUCCCUGGCAAAUGUGGUGUUAGAAUUUCCUACAGGAUUAGCACCUCUACCAACUGUGCAGCCGUCAGAUUCUAA